UCUCGUUGGGCCAUUGAUGUAUUUUGUCGAGUGGAUGAGGCGUUCAGAGUUCAAAUUUCAGUGGCUGCGAUGUUUUGGCCGGGACCUCGACGAACAUCAAAGGCGUGGAAACGAAACUGCUGCCAGUGAAAAUGAAAAUCCAAACAAGGAAGUAGGCGAACAGAGCAAAAGGGAGCCUCAACAUUCACAGUCAGGAACAAACGACGAAACAGCCUCAGGAAAUGAUAAACAGCCGCUUGUCAUUAAUGUGGUGCGUGAUGGCUUUACAAGGCAACAAUGUGGAAUUGCAAGUAUUUUAAACCACAUCAGGAAAGGUUUCUGCCAAGCCGCUGUGUAUUUAUGCUAUCUGAUUCUUAUAACAGCAGCUCUUCCGGUAGGUAUAUCUACUGGAGGGCUGUCUUUCUUCAGAUUUGAUCAAAGCGAUGAUGAACGCUACCUAAAAAACGUAUACUACCGGAAAUUCUCGACAUUUGUAGCUCUAUGGUGGUCAACUUUUCAGGUGUUUUGUUUUUUCAUGUACAGUUGGUUUGUCUGUAAGGCCACGUGGACCGUUUCAUCCAACUAUCCCAAAGUUAUUCGCAGUGAUUGGUUUUCGUCAAACGUUUAUCUGCUUCUUCUUGCUAUAAUAGUACCAUAUUCUCAGGCUUAUGUAACUCAGCCUGGUCUGGCUUUUUAUUUUGCAGCCAACAACUUUCUGUGCACAGUCUGUAAUGCGCUUUUCAUAAUGAUCCUAAACAAGCACGCAAGUGUCACGCGGUAUACUCUGUUUUUCAGUAUAUGCAUGAUUUGUGCUUACAUCGAGAGCGAUAUUGUAGCGGUGUAUUAUUAUGCACUAAAUUCUAAAGGAUCCUUAGUUGACAUUAACCUUACUGCCCUCCGCACAGCAGCAAUUGGUUUUACCUUAAAGGUAAGUUUAAGUUCUUCUAUGCAUAUCAUUCGGAAAAUUUUAAAGCCGCAAGAAUCGCUCUUUGAAGGACUUUCAGAGAAAUGAUAAGAAGCACGGUUCGUUCAGUUUACAUAUGAGUCCGCGUAAAAGCGCAAUUGUAUAUCGGUCAAAAAUUUUGACCUACUUUUGAUGGUCCAAAAUUGCACUGUUAACCGUUCGAAUAUCUCGCAUGGUUUCGAGGGUUCCGGGUCAACGAAGGAGGAUCUGAUCCGUGCAAUUUUUUGUCUCUUCAAUAAUUUGCGCAGACUUGUGUAAACGGGGUUUCUAAGUCUUUCUUGUAAGAUAAGAUAACAUGAUCAAUGGUAUCAAAAGCCCGGAGCAAAUUUAGUCCAACCACAGACAGUGAUAGCACAUUAUGAGGGUUUGAUAGAUUGACAGAAGACUCCUGAGAUCGACAGAAGAGGG